AUGGCUCACUACCCUGCUGGCGUGGUGGUUUACGGCGGCAGGCUGCCUCCAGCCCGGAGGCUAGUCAUUAGUGGCCUGUCGGCAACAGCCAUCGUGCUGGGCGGCAACCUGUUUGGCGUCACCUCCUGGCUGCUGUCCCUGGAUGGCGGCAAGCUGGCCGGAGCCACCAACCUGGAUGUGCUGGUGCCGGUGGGCGGCUCCCGCCGCUGCCUGGACGCCCAGAACGGUUUCACCUUCCUGUACCCCGCCCGCUGGCUUGCCGACCAGACGCUGUACAGGCGGUACGCCGAGCGCAUCGAGCGCGAGGCGGCGCUGGAUCCACCCUCGCUGAGCCGCGCGCGGGCGCGGCGGCAGGGCGCGCCCGAGCCCGCGGCCGCGUUUGGGCCGCCGGGCAGCACCGUGGCGCCGGAGGGGUCUGGGCGCACGGCGGUGCUGCUGGGCGCGGGGGAGCGGCGGGACGCCGGCGGCGAGCUGUACUACUGGCAGGAGUUCACUGUAAGGUCGGAGCGCUUCUACCGCCACAACCUGUCAGUGUACGCGGCACGCAACGGCCUGCUGUACACGCUCAACUGCCAGAGCGCGGAGGAGCGGUGGGGCGGCCACGUGGCCGCCUUCCGCAAGGCAGCCGACUCGUUUGCAAUCCUCAACUCGGGGGCCGCCGCCGCCGGCUUCCCCGACCGGCUGUGA